CUCUGGCUCUGAAGCCGAAGGCAGUGGGAGAAGGUGAGCGGGACCCACAACGGCAUGAAAGCCCCACAGCGGGCUGGGGGGCGAACGGACCAGAUGCUGGGGGCCAUGGGGGAUAUCCUGACCUCUCUGGCCCUACCCAGCCAACACUGGGUGCCAGACCUGUGUUCGCAAGAACAAGGAGUCGAGAUGCAACCACAGGCCAGAGGUGCUGCCGAGGCUUCCGAGGAGAAAAAGGACCAGCUUCACGAGCCACCUCCAGAGGAAGCCAUGGGAUCCGGAACUGUUGAAGUCCAGACUGCCACCACCACGGAAGAAGAUCCUUACUCCAUCGCAGGCAGCGAUGGCAGCAUCUCUGCCUCAGUGGCCUCGAUCCAGCCUCAAGCAUCCAGUAGUUCCGCUCCCAGUUCCCCCGGCUCUCGCCAUUCAGUCAGCACUCUCAAGAAAUGGCUGACCAACCCCGUGCGCAAGCUAAGUGCCGGUGGGCUACCUCGGGGCGACCGCCCACUCAGGAAAGCAGAAGGCCGGAUGCGGCGGCAUGGGCGUCAGGAGGAUCGCAAGAGCAUCGACUUGGGCUUGCUGGGCCAAGUGGAGGGGCCCUUUGCUGUCCCACGGGAGCCAAUUGGCACGGAUGGCAACUCUCACCUCCCGGAUCUUUCGCUUCUCUCCAGCUUACUGGAAGGGGAUGGUGCAGAGAAACACACCCAGGUCCCUGACCCCUCUCCCCUCCCCAGCGACUGCCAAAGCCUGGAACCCCCCUCAGAAACCCCUCUGCAGCCCCUCGCCUCUGAGGAACAGGAAGAGGAGGAGAGGCGAAGUGCCUUAGAAAAGAGUAUGUUUGUUCUCAGGGAGUUGAUUGAGACUGAGAAGAUGUACGUGGAGGACCUGGGUCAGAUUGUGGAGGGCUACAUGGCGACCAUGAAGGCCCGUGGCAUCCCCGAGGGCAUGAAGGGCAAGGACAAGAUAAUCUUUGGGAAUAUCCACCAGAUCUACGACUGGCACAAAGAUUACUUCCUCAAACAGCUAGAGAAGUGCCUGGAGGACCCUGAUCUACUGGCUGAGCUUUUCAUAAAGCACGAGCGCCGUUUGCACAUGUAUGUUGUUUACUGUCAGAACAAACCCAAAUCUGAGCAUAUUGUCUCCGAGUUCAUCGAUACCUACUUUGAGGAACUGAAGCAAGAACUGGGACACCGUCUGCAACUCAAUGACCUGCUCAUCAAGCCGGUACAGCGGAUCAUGAAAUACCAGCUGCUUCUCAAGGUGCUAAACAGGGACAAGGGAGGGGUGGGAGCAGCGCUUUCCAAGGUUAAGUUAAUAUCACCAUUUCGCAACGGUAGUAAUCAUAUUUUUCUUGCUUUAAAAGGUGGUGUUUCUCUGGCCCCUUUUCCUGAUGAGGGGCCACACGAGGCUAAAUGUAUAUUUUCUUUCACUGGUGCAUUUACCCCUACAUGCUAUUCAUCUCUGCUCCAGGUAAGCUGUUUGGGCUUGGAGCCUAGUGUGGACAGCGAUCCUUGCAAAUUUGCACUGAUUUCUCGUGGUGCAGAACGGGGCACCAUCCGUUAUGUACUGCAGGCAGCAACACCAGAGAUUGCCCAGGCUUGGGUGGCUGACGUCAACCUCAUCUUGGAGACCCAACGUGACUUCCUCAACGCACUGCAGUCACCCAUAGAGUACCAGCGCCGAGAGAGUAAAACUCACAGCUUAGGAAGGACAGGAAGUCCACUCCCAUCCUUGCCUGGUGGAUCUGCCCGGCCCCACUCCUCAGCCUCCUUGGACCAGAAUAAGGGACCCAGCCUUCAAACCUACGAUGCCUCCCUCCUUUCCCUUUACCUGCCUGGUGCGCCCGAAGCUGAGCAUCCUCCCUACGUCAGGCCAGCUGACAGCCAAAGCUCUCCAGGAUCUGCCCGAGUUCACAUACCUUCGGAUGGCGCUGAAUCACUGCCCCCCAGUGACCCCCAGCAAGAGUUACUGCACAUGGCCCCAAGUGAUGACGAUGCGAGACUCCUGCUUCCCGACCCUGAUUUCUUGGACAUUCGUUUCCCUCAAGGCAGUGCCCGGCUUGCCAAGCUCGAUGAAGACGAGCUGUGACUUUGGGACUAUGGCUCAACCCCUGCUGGGUUUGGGGGAUUGUGAGGACUGAACCGGCUCUGCUUUCCUCGGUCUCCCUUCCUCCCUCUGGGAGGUAGAAAGAGACACAGCAGCAGCAGCAGCCCCCAGAAAAGGAUCUUUUGCUGCCUUCCAGCCUUGCUCUGUUGGCCUAGACAUUCCCUCCCUAUAUGAAGUGCAGGGCCCCCACACUGGGACUAGAGAAUGCAGCAGGGGGCUCUUCUCUGGCCUUCAGACCCCUGUAUAUGCAUGCUGGGUUCUUGGGGCUGCGAGUCAGGGCUCUUGGAGGAUGGGGUUGGAUCAUAUGAAAUGAGAAUUUUAUUUUGUUGGUUGUAAUAAUAAAGAUUUUAGUUAAAACAAA